AUGAAUAGAACUACAAUUGUUUCAGCUCCAGGAAAAGUUCUCAUCACUGGUGGAUAUUUAGUUUUGGAUCCUGAUUAUUCUGGACUUGUUCUUUCAACUUCAUCAAGAUUUUACACAACUAUUAAAGAUGUUAAAAAUGUGGAAAAUACUUCAUGUGGUGGUUUAGUUAUUGAUUUACAUUCACCACAAUUCUAUUUGAGUGGACAAUAUGUUUAUGAAUCAAGUGAAAAUGGAGGUGAAUUGAAAUUGGUUAAUAUGAACAAGAAUCCAUAUAUUGAAAAUGCAAUUCUUUAUGCUUUGGCUAUUUCUGAAUAUUUGAAUGGCUCCAAGAUUCAAAAUAGAAAGAUUUCAAUUACUUUGCAAGCUGAUAAUGAUUUUUAUUCUCAAAGACAAAAUUUGAUUGAUUUGGGAAAGGAAGUUACUUUGGAAAAUUUAGAAAAUUUAGAAAAGUUUUACGUUCAUCCAGAUUCAAACAAACCAAUUCAAAAAACUGGUUUGGGAAGUAGCGCAUCUAUGGUUACUUCAUUGACAUCUGCUAUUAUUCUUCACUUUACUGGUUUGGAUAUAAAUGAUGAAAAUGGUAGAGAAAUGAUUCACAGAGUUGCUCAAUUCUGUCACUGUCUCGCUCAAGGUAAAAUUGGAAGUGGUUUUGAUGUUUCAGCUGCUACCUAUGGCUCACAAAGAUACAAGAGAUUUGGAACUAGUAUUUUGGAAUCUAUUAUGAAAUUGGUUGACCCAUCUGAUCCAAAAUAUUCCAAACAAGCAAUUACUGAAAUUAUCAAUGUCGUUGAUCCAAAGAAGGAAUUUGUGUGGGACAAUGAAAAUUCGACAUUCGAAUUACCACCUAACUUCCACUUGUUUGUUGCUGAUGUUGCCCAAGGAUCCAAUACUCCAAGUAUGGUCAGAUGUGUUCUCAAAUGGAAGGAACAAAAUCCAACUGAAUCAACUGAAUUGUGGAAUUCUAUUAGAGAUUUGAAUAAUACUGUUGAGGAACAAUUCAAAAUUAUUUCCAAACAAGCUAAGGAAUUCCCAUCAGAUUACGAAAAUACUUUACAAAAAUUGUAUCAAUUACCAGCAAGUGAAUGGGAAGAGGUUGAAUCUGUAUCAUCUAAAGUCAAGGAUGCCAUGUUAACCAUUAGAAAUUCAUUUAUUGAAAUUCGUAAAAAGCUCAAAUAUAUGGGAGAGCAAGCUGAAAAUGUUCCAAUUGAACCUAAUCAACAAACUAAACUUUUGGACGAAACAAUGGCAACUAAUGGUUGUUUAAUUGCUGGUGUUCCAGGUGCUGGAGGUUACGAUGCAGUUUUUUCAAUUCUCUUUGCUCCAAAUGAAGAAUCAAUUCAAACAGUUAAGAAUCAAGUCGAAACUAGUUGGAAAAAUUUCAAAUACGAAACUGAAUGUUUUGUUACUCCACUCAUUUUGAACGAAUCCAAGACUAAGGGCUUAGAAGUUCAAAGAUUUUAA